CUCGCCUGCGCGAUAAUAUUCGCCAUUUUGAUUCGAAAAUAUGACCGAGUUUUUCCUGCUUUGCAUGCUUGAGCUGGGAAGAGGCUAGCUUAUGAAUUUAUGUACUGUAGAAUAUAUGAAUAUAUAUUACGCGUAAUAAUAUUGAAUAUACAAGGUACAAAUGUGAGGCCUGUCCGUUGCCACGUCACGAGACAAAUAUCCGUGUUACCAGGUUGACAGAUACUUUGCUCAUACUCCUCGUCAGACUGACCCAUCAAAACAAAUCACGUUUGGCUAGUUCGCUAACUAACGUUAGCUAUUAGCUAACGAAGGUAGGUAGCGCAACAUUAGCCAUACAGACGAGUGGAUUGCAAACUUUGAACAAAACGGUUAUGGUGAGCCUUUCAGUGUGUUGUGUACUAAGGAUGCCUGUGUUCUAAGAGGAGACCCAUGUUGAUAAAUGCCAGGCCUUGCCACGCUCUCUGCUGUCUGCACAAACACAAAUGCCUGCCUUUGAGGGAGGUCUGAUUAAAGAUACCCACAUUUAAUCUGCUGGGCUGUGCCCCCUGUCCAAGCAGCCACCAUGUUCUGGAAGUUUGACCUGCACACCACGUCCCACAUCGACCAGCUGCUGGACCGGGAGGACGUGACUUUGCGGGAGCUCAUGGAGGAGGAUGAUGUCCUGCAGGAGUGCAAGGCACAGAACCGCCGGCUGCUGCUCUUCCUCUCCCAGGACCACUGCAUGACAGAGCUGGUCAACCUCAUCACCACAGAGCCCCCUGCUGACUUAGAGGAGAAGAGCCGCUUUAAGUUCCCUAACAUCGCCUGUGAGCUCUUGACAUCAGACGUGUCCCUUAUCAACGACAAGUUGGGCGGGGACACGUCACUCCUGGAGACUCUCUACCACUUCCUGGAGCAGGACCCGCCCCUCAACCCGCUACUAGCCAGCUUCUUCAGCAAGACCAUCGGCAACCUCAUCGCUAGGAAAACAGAACAGGUAAUCUCCUUCCUGAGGAAAAAGGAUGGCUUCAUCGGCCUGGUGCUGAAACACAUUGACGCUUCCGCAAUGAUGGACCUGCUGCUUCGCCUCAUCAGCUGUGUGGAGCCUGCCCCCUUGAGACAAGAGGUCCUUAAUUGGCUGAGCGAAGAGAAGCUGAUUCAGAGACUCACAGAGCUCAUCCAUACAGGCAAAGACGAGGAAAGACAAUCAAAUGCGUCUCAGACGCUUUGUGACAUCAUCCGCCUUAGUCGAGACCAGGCCAAUCAGAUGCAGGAGAAUGUUGAAACCGACCCCUUAUUGGCUGUUCUAGAGUCGCAGGAGAGCGUAGCGAGGCUCCUGAAGACUAUGUUUGAGGGGGAGAGGAGUGAGGCCUCCAUUGUUAACGGAACUCAAGUGCUACUUACCUUACUGGAGACCAGGAGGUCCGGGUUGGAGGGGCUGAUGGAUCUCUAUUCUCAGGGAUAUGAAAGGUCUUACACUGUCAACAGCAGUAUUCUACAUGCCAUUGAGCCCCAUCUAAAGGACUUCCAGCAGCUUCUCCUGAAUCCCCCCAAGAAAAGUGCAAUACUGACGACCGUUGGCCUUCUGGAGGAGCCGCUGGGGAACGCCCGCCUUCACGUGGCCCGGCUAGUGGCCGCCCUGCUGCAGACCAGCGCCCCCAGUGUCUGUCAGGAGCUCUGCAAGCUCACCACCAUGGACCAGCUACUGGACCUGUUCUUCAAGUACUCAUGGAAUAACUUCUUGCACUUCCAAGUGGAGCUGUGUGUGGCGUCCAUCUUGAACCACUCUGUCCCAGAGGAGCGGCCCAUCCCUGGCCUCCAGAACCACGAGGAGAAGCCCCCAGCAGGCCCAGAGAACCAGGGGGAGGCAGGAGGUGAAGCUGGGGAGCCAGCCAAGGCCAGUGACUCGGUGGAGGAGACCACCCUUCACAACACCCUGGUGGCACAUCUCUUCCAGAAGUGUCGGUUGGUACAGAGGAUCCUGGACGCCUGGGAGGAGAACGAUCAAAUACAGGCGGAGGGUGGCACUAGGAGAGGUAACAUGGGUCACCUGACCAGGAUGGCCAACAUGGUGGUACAGAACCUAGAGAAAGGACCAGUCCAGUCCCAGAUCAGUGACCUCAUCAAAGAGUUGCCAGAGGACUGCAGAGGACGCUGGGAGAGCUUUGUGGAUGAGACUCUGAGAGAGACCAACAGGAGAAACACAGUGGAACUGGUGAGCACCCAUAACCUGCACUCCUCCAGUGAAGAUGAUGAUAUGGAGAGUCCCUUCCCCAACGAUCUGUCACUCCAACAGGCUUUCUCAGACUAUCAGAUCCAGCAGAUGACUGCCAACUUUGUGGAUCAGUUUGGGUUCAACGAUGAGGAGUUCAGUGAGCAUGAUGAAAACAUCAAUGCCACAUUUGACCGGAUUGCAGAAAUAAACUUCAAUCUAGAUGCUGAUGAUAAUAGUGCCAACGCUACUGCCUUUGAGGCCUGCUGUAAAGAGAGGAUACGUCAGUUUGACGAUGCUGAAGAGGAGGAGGACAUUUGGGAGGAGAAGGAGAUUAACUAUGCAACACAAGUCAAAUCCAGAACAAGAUUUGGGGUGUCCCACACCUCAGAGAGCAGUCUGGAGAACGGGGGUCGGGAGCGGGACCGCGGGUCGGGUUCUGACGAGGACGACGACUCCAGACAGAGCGCCUCAGCUCCAGGCAGCCUGGAGGAGAGCAAGGACAACACUCCCAGUACACCUGGCAAUCAAUCAGCUACUUGUCCAAGCUGGACAGCGAGUUUCGGGGAAGCUGGGGGUAACUCGUCCUCUCCGGGUCCUGCAGGCUGGGAUUCCCCAGGGGGGAGUGGAGGAGACAAACAAGAGGCAGGUUGGGCCAACUUCACAGAGUUCCAACCUUUCAGCAGCCCAGAGGUUGGCCCUAGAUGCAGCUCUCCCGUAGGCAGCAGUGACGCAGACAAACAAGUCAAACUGGGUCCAGACAAGAGUGGUGCGAGCCCCUCUGCCGGUGGUGAGUGGCCGGUGGGUGAGGGUAGGAAGGCUCCCCUCGUAGCCUCAGAUAGCAGCUCCUCCGGGGGCUCCGACAGCGAGGACGAUGACAAGACUGCCUCCACAGAAACCACCAAGAAUGCUGAAGUCAAAAGUGAGGCGAACCCCAUCCCUCUGGAAAAGCUGUCCCUCACGGACACUCUCAAGUCCCCCCCAAAGGCACAGCUUGCAGCAGACACACUGCCAGCCUCGGCCCCCACCUCUCAGACAGACAACAAAGAGGAUCCAUCAGAGUGCCCAGAGAUGCCAGCAGUCAACGGGCCUGUCUGAGGGGCAGACAGUCCUAUACCCCAGACUGGUGUGAUAGACUGUGCCAUUUCCAGGGAGACCACCCCCUCCCAAAUAACCUCACUGCAACCUACAGUGUUUUAAUGAAUCACGCUGCCAUGUUAUUGGACCUGGACACUGCCAAUCAACACCAAUAAUGGGGAGAGGAGACAUGUAAAAGCAAACAGGCAGAACAGUGUAGAGGAAAUUGUCUUCAAAGCCUUUUCUAAUGUUGCACAUAAAUACGUGUGGUUUUAUUGUAGCAGUGAUCUCUUUUAAACAACUGAAAUCUGAGAGGAGUAUAAAGUUUUUCUGAAGGAUUUGUUCUCGUACUCUUUUCAAAUGGUUGGACCUGAGUAGUAAGGAGCGGAUAGCACAGGUCAACUCAACGAAAUGAUGCCUCAACAAUAAAUACCUUUCUGAACAUGUUUUCCUUGAGCUUAAAAGGCACUUAUGCAGCCAUUUUUACUGUACAUUAUAGGACAAUGUUAAGUGUUCUGCCAUUUUGUCUCUCUCUCAGAUCAAGGUUUUAACCAAACCUGUUUUUUUUGUCAUGGAAAAACAUCUAUUCUUGUACCUCACUAGUUCUGAAUGUUUUAAAGUGUCCAAGGAGAAGGGUGGGUCAAGAAACACAGUAUUAGUCUUCUGCUCAUGUGCAAUAAUGACAAUUAGCCAUUUUAUUUAAAUCAACUUUUAGUGUUGUCAGAAGGAAGACUCAUUCGGUAUAGUUAUGGGCCAACUAAUUUGGAUAUAAACUGAACAAGGUUUUGACUUGUUACUGCAUGUAUAACCGGUUCUCCGUUGACCUAGCUAGUGAGCUGAGACCUGAUUGUAUUUGACUUUUAUUUGCUAUCCCCCUUAAAAUCAACCACCUAUAUUCAAAUAUCUACAUUUUAAAGUAAAUUUUACAAGCAAUCUUGA